AUGGCGCCGAUACCUGCGCUUGAGCAUGUUUCCAACCCCUUGGUCACCUCUGCACAGCUCCUCACACUCAAAAGCCUGGAGAACGACGACGGCAUAUCCACAUGGUUUGCCCAUUUCCAAUUGACCUCCGCCGCCGGCAUCCUCCUCCGCCUCUCGCAGGAGGUCACCGCCCAUGCCAUAAUCCUGCUUCAGCGGUUCCUGGUGUCUUCCAGCACGAACGACCGUCGAAGUUUCAGUCUCAAGAACUUCUCCGCCGCUGCCAUCUACCUCGGUGCAAAAGUCUCCGCCACACCCGUCUCGCCGCGAUCGGUCAUUAAUGUCUACACCUACCUCACCUCAAAAGCCUCUCCGCUGAGAUUUGUGAACCCAGCUGGCCCCUCCACGAAUGUCGAGCCCAAGUCUUACUUCGUAUCGGAGGGGACCUACGAACGAGAGAGACAGCGGUUAUUUGUGUGCGAGAGUAUGAUAUUGGUCGGCCUCAGCUUCGACACGCGGGUCGCAUUGCCGUACACUCUCGCCUUGACUUACAUGCAGGCUCUGGGCGUUUUCACCACAAAUAUGUCCCUGAGAGUCUUGGAACAUUUGAACGCAGGCCUGGUCUCUCCACAACUGCUCCACCUCACUCACCAACCCAACGCACUGGCGGUGGGAGCCAUCUAUCUCGCGGCACGAGAGACGGGGGUCAAGCUGGUAGAGCGGAAUUGGUGGGAAGUAUUUGACGUUGACAGAGAAGACCUGGGCUUCCUUGUCCUGUCUUACGGAAGUAUGGCAAAUUUCGCCCAAGCUGAAAUGGAGAAGUGGAAGAACGGGCUUUUGCCGUUGGAUUAA